GGGGGCGGGGCUCCAGGGUCCCGCCCCUACCACCGGCGCCAUCUUCCUGGACCCGGGCGGGGCACUGGGCUGAGCGGCGCCGCUCGGGAAGGAACGCGGGCUGCUACCCGGAUUCGACUGUCUUCAAAGGACUGAGACCAACGCGGAGAGGGAGCAGACGUGGGUUUCCUGGUGUUCCUCAGUGAGCGGGGAGGCCUUUCCCAGCGGCCCGCGACUGCCCAAGAGGACAAUGGAUUCUGGAGCUCGCCCAGUUGCUAGCAGCCCCGCAGCGCUCUCACGAGAAUAUAAACUAGUGAUGCUGGGUGCUGGUGGCGUUGGCAAGAGCGCCAUGACAAUGCAAUUCAUCAGCCACCGAUUCCCAGAAGAUCAUGACCCCACCAUUGAGGAUGCUUAUAAGAUCCGGAUCCGCAUCGAUGAUGAGCCUGCCAAUCUGGACAUUCUGGACACAGCUGGACAGGCAGAGUUUACAGCCAUGCGGGAUCAGUAUAUGAGGGCAGGAGAAGGAUUUAUCAUCUGUUACUCGAUCACGGAUCGUCGAAGUUUCCAUGAAGUUCGAGAGUUUAAACAACUUAUCUACCGUGUCCGACGCACUGAUGACACACCCGUGGUUCUUGUGGGAAACAAGUCCGACUUGAAGCAGCUGAGACAGGUCUCCAAGGAAGAGGGAUUGGCUCUGGCGCGAGAAUUCAACUGUCCCUUUUUUGAGACCUCUGCUGCAUACCGUUACUACAUCGAUGAUGUUUUCCAUGCUCUUGUACGGGAGAUACGUAAGAAAGAAAAGGAGCUGGUGUUGGCCAUGGAGAAAAAGUCUAAACCCAAAAGCAGCGUAUGGAAGAGGCUGAAGUCACCGUUCAGGAAGAAGAAGGACUCUGUAACUUGAGGAGAGUGUGAAGGGUCUGCUGUGAACUGUGGCGCUGCUCCAGGCGGUCCAGUAAUCUGCAAUGAUGAGCAUGCUGUCUGCUCUCUCUCCCACUAUUCUAAAUGUCACUGGUGAGGGGGACAUGUCCACUAGGAGUUUUCAAUGAUUCACUAUUUAAAGCCCUGUCUUAGUUGACUCUGAUUUAUUAACUCAUCAGAGCACUGUCUGCUCCUUAAUUGUCACAUUAGAAUUUGGUCUGCCAUUGUUUUGGUUAUGUUGCUGAUGUGAAUUAACUCGUGUAAAUUGUUUAUGCCCAGGAGAAUAUGUAUUCCGUGUGCACUUGACUAGGGUUACAAAAGGGACUUUGUGCUAUGUACGUCCACCGUCCUUCAACUUGAGCUUCCUGGUUCUGUCUCACAGAAGGACCUCCGCCUUGUUUUUCACACUGUACAUCUUGGAGACACAAAAAUGGAACAGGGAAACUAAUGCUAAAGAGAUUGGUGCUAAAGGUGGGUAGGUGUCUGUGGAAUGGACUCCUGUUAUAGGUUAUGGAGUGAUGAGGUUUAGGGAGAUACUUCUGUGUGACACCACUGGAAACAUACAGGGUCAGAACAGUGUUCCCAUGAUGAGCCUGUCAAGCGCACAUUUGACCCAAAGGCACUCAGGUGGAAAAAGAGACAGAAGCGGAGACACAAUGAAGGACCCUCUUUAACACACUUUCCUCCUCUUUCAGUGGCGUGCCUUUCCUUACCUUUGAAGGCUGGCACUUUGAGAACUGCUUUUGGAUCUGGGACCAUCACAAGAUCACUCGAUUCUUAUUUAAAUCGUUUCUUGGGCUAGGCAUGGUAACUCAUUGCUGUAAUCCUAGUUUUUAAGACUAAAGCAGGAGGACUGCCGUGAGGCUAGCCUCUGCUACGGAAUGAAAGCCUGUCUCAGAAAAACAAAACCAAAAAUAAAUAAAUUCUUUCUUAGGACAGCUACA